AGUCUUGUUCCAAGUUCAAAGUUAGGACCUUUUUCAAUUCUUUCCACCUAUAUAAAUUCUUCAACUUUUAUCUUUUAUUCCUUCUGUUUUAAAUUCUGGGAAAGUGAAAAUUUUCUUUUUGAUUUAACUGCAAUUUUCUACGAUCAAAAGCCAAAAAUGAUGCAUAUGACGUUUUACUGGAGCCGACAGGUGACUCUGUUGUUCACCUCCUGGCGAACCGAUUCAUGGCCGAGUUACGCGUUGACUCUCCUAGCAUGUGUUUUGGCUUCUGCUUUUUACCAGUACUUGGAGUACGUAAGGUAUCGCGUCAGGCGUGGCAGGAAGCCGACGGAGGGGACGGCUGAAGAGCCUUUCUUGUUGCGGUCGAAGGGAGCUGGGAUGGUGGGGAAGAUCGCCGGAGGGGUGCUAUUCGGGUUGAGCUCGGCUCUGGGGUAUUUGCUGAUGCUGGCAGUUAUGUCGUUUAACGGCGGCGUGUUUUUGGCCGUUAUUUUGGGGUUAACGGUUGGGUAUUUGGUUUUCAGUGGCGAAGACGAUGAUCAAACUGCUGGUCUUAAUAGCACUUGUGCCUGUGCUUAAAAUAAAAGAAAAUGGAAGCUCCUUUAUUUUUUAUUUUUAAUUUGGUGAUUGUACGUAGAAUUGUUUCAAAUUGUGUUAAAAAUGUUCUGUUUGGUUGGAGGGAAAAUGUUUUCACUGGAUUUAUGCUGAUUGAUCAGGAAAUGAAGCAGAGUUAAUGCCUA